ACGGCUUUCUCUCCCUAAACCCUCUUUUGGAAAGGAAAGGCUUCCUCAGCAACCGAACAAGAUAACGAUGAGUUAUUACAACCAGCAACAGCCUCCCGUCGGCGUCCCGCCUCCUCAAGGUUAUCCGCCGGAAGGGUAUCCCAAGGACGCAUAUCCGCCACCGGGAUAUCCUCCUCAAGGAUAUCCCCCGCCGGGAUAUCCUCCGCCGUACGCGCCUCAGUACGCCCCGCCACAGCCUCCUCCACAACAGCAAAGCAGUAGCGCUAGCACUGGCAUGUUGGAAGGAUGGUCAGUGUUCUUCCUUAUUCUAAACAUACGCGUAUUCGUAUAGUGUACAGAUUUGUGUCUCGAAUCUAGGUUUUUCCUGUUUUUUCAACGAGAAAAAGAAAAAUCUAGAUCUUAGUUGUUUUUUUUUAUCAGAAUCGGUCGAAUCCUAUUAAGAGAAACUAAGGAUGGCAACAGGUCCCAUGGGGGAGGGACUCCCUUCCCAUCUCCAUCUCCGUCAAUGGCGGGGACGGGGAUCCCGUGGGAAUUUUUUAUGGAGGGUAAAAAAUUGCCUCCGUCUCUAUCCCCGCGAAAAAUAAUAGGUCAUCCUCGCCAAAUAAAACUAUCACCUAUUUUACUGCUUUAUCUUUCAGGUCCCAUAAAACCCCUUUUUUGUAUUAACUUCCUAGCUGUUAGUUAUAUCAAUAUGUUACCAUCUAGCUCAAUCAUAAAAUUUCAGAAAAAGCAAUAGUAAAUAUAAUAACUGAACAAUGAGAAGGGCAACGCAAAGGACAAACUCAUCUCAGUCAGAGAUUCGAGUAAGUAUCAAUUAAGGUAGCACAAUCCAACGCUGCCCGAGUUAUAAUUAUUUUUAAAAAUUUAACAAGGCAAUAUGGCAUUGGAUACUAAAAAGAGACAUUCUUCGGUUGUUCUUUAUAUUAUCUGUAUUAUUAACAGGCAAAAGAGAAAUUGUAGUCAUAUAUAUUUUAAAUUAAAAUUCAUCACCAUAGAAAAUGAAAAGAUAUUCAAAAU